GAUGGUAGCAACCUCCCGAUGAAAGUUUUAAAACAGCCUUAUAUAACUUGUAUGAGAUCAAGUUUUAAAACUAUAAGCAGACUUUUCUUCAGAAGAAAAAGGGAUUUAGUGUAGAAAUUGAUAUAAAAAGGGACUGGAUAUUUUAUAUAAGGAUUGGAUCUCUAAAUUAACCAAAAAAUGAGUUCUUCUAGAUCAGUACGCUAUGAUAAACCUCCUGCUCCGACCGUAUAUGCACCUUAUGAAACAAAUCAAGACUUCACAGCUAUUGCAGUGGGUGGUAGUAGAGAGCAGAAACGAAGAAGUGAUGGACCAUUAUUAAUACGUCAUCAAGAGGAACCUUAUGUUCUGCGUCAUUAUGAAGAACCUUCCAACAAUCGUCAACAAGAAAUGGCACCAAUUAUUAUACGUCAGGAACAACCAACACAGCUGCCUCCUGUUAUUGUUCAACGCGAUAGCGGUUACGAUCAAACACUGCCCUUAAUACAAGCAGACAUGAACAAUCAUUUGGAUGCCCUAGAAGACCGAAUUUCUCAACAAGAAGUUAAUACACAGGGUUUAUUACAAAGAACAAUGAAAAUCAAAGAGGAUGUGAUAGAUAGUUUGAAUUUUACACAUGGUACAUGGAACGAUGAAAAACAUGCUCGUACAUUACUUCAAGAACAUAUUCGUAGUAUAACCGCAGUUGUUAAUCGGCUUAAUCAUGACAUAUCAGCAAUAGAAGAUUCUCUUAGACUAAGAGAUGGUGCAACUAUAGGUCAGAAUAAUGCCCUGAAGAACCUGGAAGUCCAUCAUGUUGGAGCGCUAUCUGAUGUACGAGGUAGAAUUGUACGAUGUGAUACAUCUAUUGGUCGUCUGGGCAUAGAAGUCAAAACUUGUGUUCAGUCUAUCAGAACAAUAUCACAUCAACAACAAGAAUUGGCCAAUAGAAUGUCAGAAAGAAUGAACGGAAUUGAAACUCAGAUCGCAGCUGUAGUACAACAUAUAGAGAGAAUAGCUGGUGAAAGUAGGGUAAAGAUUCAACACGUAGAAGGUGAUACAUCAAACUAUCUCACUAUGUUAGAUGCUAAAACUAGACAUAUGAUUGAAGAUUUACAGAAUUCGUUGACUACUAUGCAAGCCAUGACGGAGACAGAAAGAGAAAGAAUGGAAGAUAGAAUUAUAGCUCUUAUUGAACAAUAUGGUGGUAGCAGUACUGAUUUGGAAAGAAUAGAAAGAAAGAUUGAUGAUAAUUAUCAUUUUCUAGAUAUGAGAAUAUUGAAAUUAGAAGAUCGACCAAUACAGGAAAACUCUACACAGAUUAUUGAUAUACAGAAUAAUGUUGAGGCUUCAGUCCUUAAGAAAAUGGAUGCGAGAAUUCUGAUGAAUACAGAAGACAUUGCUCGAUUAAAACGUGAAUGUAGGGAAGGUUUCGUAGUUAUACAGGAGAGUAUCACAAACGCUAAAUUAGUCAAUGAUGGUAAACGUAAAAUUUUAGAAGAACAAUUAAGGAAAGAAAUUGGACAUUUGAGAAAAAUGGUUGUGCUUGUGUGAAAAGGUUUCAUGUCUUUUCUGAAGAAUCAAAAAAACUUGAAAAAAUACGGAAAGCAAUGAUGUGAUGUAUGACAAGAUCAGGGAGAAUCAGAGCUAUAUUUUAUAAAUUGAUAUUGAUUCUUUCAAUGUGCUAGAGUGUUUAAUAUACAAUAAGACCUCACUAUAUCACGCUUUUGCUAUAAACUAGGUUUGGGUCAAAGGUGGGAAACGUAUGGCUCCUAACAUUGUUAGAGUGAAGCCCUUGUUUAUUUUACAUAUCAGCAUCUGAUAUCAUGCUCGUAACUCAUUACAGUUAAGCCCUGUCAUGGUGAAAUACAAAAUAGUGUAACAGCAUCAAAUCUCUACAAAUAACGUGUUCAUAAAUGUUUCAUAGAAAAUUUGCUCAUUAUCACAGGAAAAAUAACCCAACCAUCUAAUUAGAUCACUGUAAAACAAAAAAAAUAGCUCAAAUAUAUAAAUAAAUUUGUGAAGUGACCCCAUCUCUACUGUUGAAAAUUUCAUUAGAAGUCAACAAGUUUGACAGUAUUUUUUUAAAUAUGUGAUUAUUUUAUAUCUACUUGUACAUGUAUUCAUAUUUACUCAUUAAAUGUAAAAUCAGAUCUUUCCAAAAAUAAUUCUGAUUAUUGUGUCAGAUUGUCCAUUUGUCCUAACAUUUGUUUGUAGACACUCUAGAGGUUGCAAUUUUUAUCCGAUUUUGAUGGAACUUAAAAUGUAUUUUUAUAUCCCAAAUCUCUCUGAUGGGUUUGAUUUUGGCACAUAUCGAACUGCAACUUCAUGGAUUCUGGCCUCUGAUUGUAUACCAUAUAGAGGAAAUUUGUGAACGAGAUAGAGGCCAAUGUUUUUAACAGAUCUUUUUCAGAUUAGGUGUAAAGCAUUGAGUUUAUGAGAGGAGGAACCCUAUCAAUAUUUAGGGUUCCACAAAAUUUCGUUUCUGAGUAAUUCAUCCAUGCAGAAAGCCUUCUGAACGCGAUGGAGGCUGCAGUUUGUUUUUUUUAACAGAUUUAUUUAGAAUUUGGUGUGUAGCAUUGGGGUUAUGAGAGGACGAACCCAUGUCGCAAUCCAUGACAUUCCGUUCCGAAGUUACCUCCCAUGUUCUGAAAACCUGGUGAAAGUGAUAGCGGCUACAGUUUUUAACAGAUUUAUUUCUAAAUCGAUAUGAAACAUUGGAACAAUGACAGAAUGGGCCCUAUUGAUUUUCCCUGUACUCAGUCCAUCUAUUGCAAAAUGUGGGUGUAUCUUGUAUGGAAAAUACUUGUUAAUACAUACUGCACUGAACUUAGGGAAAUACUUUUUAUCUAGCUUGCUGAACAAUGAAUUAAUAUGCUUUUACAUAACUUCUGUAUUUUAAUGUAUAAUUCAUGUAUGUAAACAUUUGUAUGUUUUAUUUAUUGUACAAUACAGUAGUAGUUAACCAUAUUAAAUCAAUUUUUUGUUAUAUAAACUGUUAAGGGGGGCUUAUGUCGACCUUGCAACUGAAAGCAACUGGCGUUUCGGCAACUGGGAGCAACUGAAAGCAACUGAAUGCAACUGAAAAAAGUCGAACUGAGCGCCUCUUACAACUCAAAGCAACUAGUUGCACAUGUUGAACUUUCUGCAACUGGCUGCAACUAGCGGCAACUAGUUGAAGUCGACAUGAGCAUUCUUGCAACUGGAGUCAACUUGUUUCUCUGGAAAUAACAUCACGUGAUAAGAGACACGUGUCAUGUGACUUUAUAAAUAAGCAAAUGGAAGCGAACGAAGACACCCACUUUUCAAGUUUUGAUGAUGUUGACAAUAAUAUACUAAUAGAAUUGUAGCAAGACCGACCAUGCCUUUGGGUUGCUUCUUCUAAGUAAUUCGCCAUUUUGUUAAUCACGUGUGAUUGCUAUCAGUUCCGAGUCGACAUAAGCGCUCCGAAAUGAGUUGCUCCCAUUUGGGUUGCAAAAUCGACAUAAGCCCCACUUUAGUAUUUGUUAUUGUUAUUUAUUAUAAUUCUUUGUUAGUUUUAUUGUUAUCUCUAUUUUUGUCAAAUUGAUUAUAGAUAUGUAUUCAAUAGCUGAUAAUUCAAUAAUACAGUUCAAUAUAAUAGAAUACAUUUUUUAUACAUAAUAUUUAAAAAUAUAUAUUCUAUAAUAGAUGAUAAAGUAAUAACAUAAAAUACACAAUACUAUUUCCAUAGAAUAUAAUAAGAGUAUACCAUCAAAUAUAGGAUAUAUCAAAUAUACAAUACAUUUUUUAUAUACCAUCCAAUCCAAUAAUAUUAUAUUUAAUAUGCAAUACAUGUUAAUAAGAUUAUACCAUCACUUCCAAUAGAAUAUAUUCAAUGUAUUCAGUACCAUUUUAAGCACUGUUAUAAGAAACAAUAAUAUAUUUAGUAUAAGAUAAUAUCUCCCUAUAGUAUAUGUAUAGAUUAGAAUAAUAUAUGUUAUGUGGACAUCCCAAUUCUAUAAAAUAUAUACCGUUCAUUUUGAUAAUGUAUUCACAUUUGUUCUAUUUAGGAUAUUUAAUUGAAUAUAUUUAUUAUCUGUUGAUAAUGUUAAUAAAAAUAUAUCUUCAGAUUUCAGUGUAUGCUAUAUAUACAUUUAUGUAUGAUUUUAUGGUUGAGGGCGAGUCAUUAAGUAAUGUAUUGAUACAGCACAAGGACAUUAGUCCAAGUGUUGUUUUAAUAUAUUACACAAUGUCUUGAUCAAGACCAUUAAACAACUUGAAAUACAGACACUAUCCCGCACGUGCAUUUCAAUGAAAUCGUCACUCAAGGCCAAUAUUUCAUCUGGUAUAUAAAUAAUGUACGAUUGGCAUGUUGCUCGUACCAUUGCCAACAUCAAAGGAUGAGGUUACAUUGUAUUUUAAUUGACAAUAAAAGAGUCUUCCACUGUGAUUGUGAUUUGUAAAAGUGUUCCAUAAUAUGUAUUUGUAAAAGUGUUCCAUAAUAUGUAAAUCAUAUUUAAUUACAGUAUUUUUACUGAUUUGAUCUCUUUUCCAUAGGUGAAAACCAAAGUAGUGAUCUAUAACAAAUAUGUCUCAUCUUAAAAUUUAAUUUUACAAUACACGUUGUACAUGUAUUCAGACAUUUUAAAUAUGGUAUCUUCCUAACAAAACAAGUAUUAUAUCGUAUAUUUAAUAUUUAGUUAAUUGUUAGAAAUAUGUAAUCCUUCGAUCUGUGAUAUAAGUUCUUGUUAAAUUUUAAAUAAUUUAUAAUAUUUAGUAUUUACAUUAUUUAUAGUAUCAUUCAGAAAUUAGUAUAUAUAUAUAUGACAUAAUAUGAAACAUUUAUUUCUGAAAU